AUGCAACGCUCAUCCACAGCUCGAUACGUAUGCAAUCAGAUCCUUCGCAACCAAACUCAUACCAAAACAAGCCUUCGUCAACGGCCACCGUGUGACGUGUUCAUCAACCACCGGGGGAUUGACACGAAAAGGAAUGUUGCCGGGUUGCUUUACGAUCACCUCCGGUGGCUCGGCUUCAGGCCUUUCUUGGACAGCAAGAACAUGAAACCUGGGGACAAAUUGUUCGAUAAUAUUAACGUGGCAAUUCAUAAAUGUAAGAUUGGGGUUGCUGUGUUUUCUCCCCAAUAUUGUGACUCUUAUUUUUGUCUGCAUGAAUUGGCCCUUAUGAUGGAGUGCAAGAAGAAGGUUAUACCAGUUUUCUGUGAUGUAAAACCUUCUGAACUUCGGGUUAAAGAUGAUGGAAUUUGUUCAACUAAGGAUUUGGACAAGUUUCAAUUGGCCCUUGAAGAGGCAAAGCACACCGUUGGACUAACAUUCGAUACUUUGAGAGGGCCUUUCUUGGACAGCAAGAACAUGAAACCUGGGGACAAAUUGUUCGAUAAUAUUAACGUGGCAAUUCAUAAAUGUAAGAUUGGGGUUGCUGUGUUUUCUCCCCAAUAUUGUGACUCUUAUUUUUGUCUGCAUGAAUUGGCCCUUAUGAUGGAGUGCAAGAAGAGGGUUAUACCAAUUUUUUGUGAUGUAAAACCUUCUGAACUUCGGGUUAAAGAUGAUGGAAUUUGUCCAACUAAGGAUUUGGACAGGUUUCAAUUGGCCCUUGAAGAGGCAAAGCACACCGUUGGACUAACAUUCGAUACUUUGAGAGGGGAUUGGCCGGAAUUACUUGACAGUGCUUCGGAUGCAGUCAUCAAGAAUUUGCAUGAAGUAGAAAAGGAGAAAUAUUUCUUGAAGAAGAAGAAGAAGAUAAAUUAUUAUAAUUAG